GUGGGGCGACGGUGAGCGUUCCGCCCUUGGCACCGCUAACGGGCGGGCGCGGCACGUGGCGGGGCGGCCAUGAGCUCGCGGGGCCGCGGCGGGGUGGACCGGGACAGCGCCGGUUUGGCGCACAGUUUUUCUGGACUCUGCACCUCCCAGAGCCUCAGGGGCAUCAGGAAUGCCAGCUUCCUCACCCUAGGGAAAAAAUAUGCAAGUGAUGGAGAAGAGGAAGAUAAGGAAGAUGAUAAAGUGGAUUUAGCAGAAAAUUCCCUUUUAAACAAGCUUAUCCGGAAGUCUCUGGUAGAAUCCAAUCAUCAUGUUGAAGUCCUGCAGCGAGAUCCCAGCUCCCCUCUCUUCUCAGUAAAAACCUUUGAAGAACUACAUCUGAAGAAAGAGUUAUUACAGGGGAUUUAUGAAAUGGGUUUCAACAGACCAUCCAAGAUACAGGAGACAGCGCUUCCUAUGAUGCUAGCUGACCCAUCUCAAAAUCUUAUAGCACAGAGCCAGUCGGGGACAGGAAAAACGGCAGCUUUUGUGUUGGCCAUGCUGAGCAGAGUUAAUGGUGCUGGAAAAUUCCCCCAGUGUCUCUGUUUAGCUCCGACCUAUGAGCUGGCUGUGCAGACUGGACAAGUGGUUGAAAAGAUGGGAAAACUUUGUGUCGACAUCAGAGUUGCGUAUGCUGUCCGAGGGAAUAGAAUUCCAAGAGGUACCAAGAUUGAAGAACAGAUAAUAAUUGGAACCCCCGGGACUGUCCUAGACUGGUGUUUCAAAUUGAAGCUGCUGGAUGCGAAGAUGAUCUCUGUGUUUGUGCUGGAUGAAGCGGAUGUUAUGAUUGACACACAGGGCUUCUUAGACCAGAGUGUCCGCAUUCAGAGAACAUUACCACAGGACUGUCAGAUGCUCCUCUUCUCAGCCACCUUUGAGGAUGCCGUGUUGCGGUUUGCUGAGCAGAUCAUCCCUGACCCCAACAUAAUUAAACUCCGCCGAGAGGAGAUGACCUUAACCAAUAUCCGGCAGUACUACUUUUUGUGUGAGACUAAACGCGAUAAAUACAAGGCCCUGUGCAAUAUCUAUGGGAGCAUCACUGUUGGCCAGGCUAUCAUCUUCUGUCAGACUCGUAGAAGUGCCAGAUGGUUGUCACAGGAACUGUCUCAGGAUGGGCACAAAGUGUCUGUCCUGAGUGGGGAGCUGACAGUUGAGCAACGGGCAGCUGUAAUCCAAAGGUUUCGUGAUGGAAAAGAGAAGGUUCUUGUCACAACGAAUGUCUGUGCUAGAGGUAUUGAUGUGAAACAGGUCACAAUUGUUGUGAAUUUCAAGCUUCCGACAAACCAGUUGUGUUGUCCAGACUUUGAGACCUACCUACACCGCAUAGGGCGAACAGGUCGUUUUGGGAAAAAGGGCCUAGCCUUCAACAUGGUGGAAAGACACAACUUACCACUGCUACGCAGCAUCGAAGAGCACUUCAAGACCAAGAUUAAGCAGUUGGACCCAGAUGACAUGGAUGAGAUAGAGAAGACUGAAUAUUAAAUAAACACGGGGUGUUUGGAAUCAAAGGAAGAUUUUUUUCUUUAACCUUAGACCUCAAUAUUUUUUCUGUUUAAAAAAUUGAAAUAGUUUAAACGAAACGUAUUGCCAUGUUUGGAAAUGAUGAUACGGUAUCCUUUGGGAGGCUAUAUUUAUCAUAAAGAAUUUAGGAAAAGAAAAAAAACCUA